AUGGCGAUGGAGGAAGAUGAGGAGGAUGUGGAUGGCUGGGGAGAUUUCGAGGAGAUCGACUUCAAAGCCGUUGGUGGCGAGCCUUUGGUGCCCGAACCAUGCCAGGCCGCAGAUGCAACGGAGCAGACUGACGCUGACGAUCUUGCCGCGUCACGGGCGACUGGAGUUGAGGAGAUUUCUGCUGCUCCGGCCCCACAACAAGAACAGCAGCAGGAAACAAGCUCUGCUCCAGCCGAACAUGCGCAGCCGCAGCAGGCCGCCUUUAGCUGGCGCACCUCCCUGCUGGAUUUCGGCCGAGAGAUGAUUGCAGAGGCAACACACGCACUUGUGGAGGAGGAGCAGAACUCCCCUGAGCCAGAUCGCGGCGCAGAUAAGAAGAUGGAAGUGCUGAGCAUGCUCCAGAAGUACCAGUUUCUUCUCUCAAACAUCUACGAGCAGCACAACCCAGAGAAACUCGCGGAUAUCGACAAGCUGAUACACAAGUACUGUGAGCAGGUCGAGCAGCUAGAAGACCUGGAGGCUUUCUCAACGCACUGCCAGGAGAAGUUGGAGAGCCUUUACCAGGCCGUCUGCAAGAAGUACGGCAUUGAGGCUCAGAGUGAAGCUGCCGGUCAGACCGAAGCCAAGAUAACGUCCUUGACACUGCGCGAGGCAGUUGUGGCGAUCUACGAGCGUCACAACCCGUCAAAGCUAUCCUCCGUCGACGACCUUCUCCACAAGUUCCGGGGACGUGAAGGGACGUUAUACAAGAGUGUUUGUGAAAAAUAUGGCGAAGAAGUGGACCCGGAGUUGUUGAACAAGUACGGAGGACACGACGAAGAGCCGCCACAGAAGAAGGAGGAGGGAGCCGGCUGGGGUCUCUUUGGGGGCCUUGGGGCUUUGACCUCCACGUCGGCCCUGCAAUCCUUCAGAGGGGCGGCCGAAGGACUCCAGGGCCUACGUGAGAAGGUCGAACGCUCCUUUGACGAGGCAUUGGCUGAUCGUGGAGAGGAGUCCAAUGUGACGGUCAACGGACAGACGGUGCCUGAACAAGAGGAGCAUCAAGAGGAGAGUGCAGCAGCUGCGGCCGCAGCUGUGAAGGUGGCAGAGGAAGCCGGCACCUUGGCUGUCGAAGAGGCAGCGAGGAAAGCCUCAGAGGCAGAAGAGGCAGCCCAGAAAGCUGCUGCUAGAGAUGCUGCUGUUGAAGAGGAGGCCGUCAGAACAGCCGCCGCAGAAGCGGAGCGUGUUGCUGAAGAGGAAGAGGCCGCUCGAAAGCCUGCUGAAGAAGAGGCGGCGAGACAACUUGCUGAGGAGGCAGCCGCUGCAGAAGCAGCAAGAAUAGCUGAAGAGGAAGAGGCUGCUCGAAAAGCUGCUGAAGAAGAGGCGGCCAGACAACUUGCUGAGGAGGCAGCCGCUGCAGAAGCAGCAAGAAUAGCUGAAGAGGAAGAGGCCGCUCGACAGCCUGCUGAAGAAGAGGCGGCCAGACAACUUGCUGAGGAGGCAGCCGCUGCAGAAGCAGCAAGAAUAGCUGAAGAGGAAGAGGCCGCUCGAAAAGCUGCUGAAGAAGAGGCUGCGAGAGAGCUUGCUGAAGAGGCAGCCGCUGCAGAAGCAGCAAGAAUAGCUGAACAGGAAGAGGCUGCUCGAAAAGCUGCUGAAGAAGAGGCGGAGAGAAAACUUGCUGAAGAGGCAGCCGCUGCAGAAGCAGCAAGAAUAGCUGAAGAGGAAGAGGCCGCUCGAAAAGCUGCUGAAGAAGAGGAGGGCCGCUUGCUGGCCGAGGAUUGGACACAGCUGCAGGAGACAUCAGGUGCUGCCGCGAUUCGAGCAGAGGAGAGUGUUUCUCCUGUUCUUCCAGCCGCCGGCGACACUGCAGAGCCGCAGGAGCUCGAGGACGAGUCCGAGAUCUCACCUGCAAAGGCGUCAGAUGCAUCGCUGAGGAGUGACACGGCGGCAGCAGAGGAGACUACACCCCCGCCUUCAAACAAAGCAUUGGAGCUGCUGGGGGAGUACGAAGGCCGUGUCAAGGCCGUGUACGAGCGAUACAAUCCGGAUCGACUGUCUGAUGUGGAUCAGAUUCUGGGUAAAUACCGCGAGCAGAUCUUGAGCCGGCCCGCGGAUGCUAACAACCCGCAGGUUCUGUCCAGGUAUCGCGAGCGUCUUGAGGGUCUCUACCGUGCAGUGCGCGCAAAGUACAGCGAGGAGGAGCCCGAGACAGAUGCCGAGGAACGAAGGGCUCUCUACACACGGCACAUCACAGCUAUCUACCAGGAGCACAACCCCGCCAAGCUGGCCGAAGUGGAUAGGCUCGUGGACAAGUACAUCGAACAGCUGCCUGUGCUGUACCAGUCCGUCUGCCAGAAGUACGAGGUUCCGCCAUUGCCUGAGCUGCUUGGCGCAGAGAGAACACAAAACGCAUCGUCCACGCCUGCUACGCAAAGCAGCGACACUGUAGCCGCGCCCAAGCCGGAAUCCACCGCUGCACCAGAAAGCUCCGAAGCGAAGCCACGCACGGGAACCAGCUUCUUCACGAGCGGCCUGCAGACCUUGAAGUCGCUCCAGGGAGCGGCAGAAGGACUCCGUGAGCAGAUGGAGAAGUCUUUCGAGGAAGCUAUCCGCUCGGAGGAGGACAUCUCCACAAUGCAGGUGGUCCAAGGCUUGAGCCAGGCUGCGGAGAAGGGCGCCGCCAAAGCGCAAAGUGCAGCCAAGGAGGUGAGCCCAGCUUUGCCUUCGACCAGCACCACUGCUCAGGACCCAGGGGCUGAAAAAGGCGAGGCCGCUGAGGCCACCAGCGCUGCACAAACUGCGCAGAUGCAGGAGCAGCUAGAGGCUUGGCAAGCCGAGCGGGAGAGGCUCAUCCGCGAAAACCGCGGCUUAAAGGCUGAGAAAGAGAACCUGAUCCUUGAGGGCACAAAGAUGUCCCGUCGGGUGCAAGCCGUGGAAGAGCGCAUGAAGGCCAUGUCCGUGGAAGCUCGGCGGUCUGAAUCUCAGCUGGUGGACGCCGAGCGCACGCAGCAGGGGCUCCAGAGCCAACUUUCUCGCGCCACGGCGCGAGUGGAAAAGGCUGAAGGUCAGAGUUCCGAACUCCGCGCCGAAACGCGGCGCCUGACAUCCGAGUUGGACAAGGCCAGGCAGCAGAUACAAGGUGAGAAGCGUCAGAUGCAGGCGGACCAGCAGGCCCUUCAAAUGAAGAGUCGUGAAAAUUCCGAGAAGGAGCGAAGGAUGGAGGAGCGCGUCCAGCAACUCAUGCACGAGAGGGAUGAGCUCAGAGCAACGAGCGCCUCCUUGUCAGUGGAGCUGCAGCAGGCCUUGGCGGCUGUGGAUUCUCUGGAGCGGCGAUCCCAUCAGCAGAUGCAGGAUAUGGAGCAGCUUCAGGAGAGGCACAGGCAGCAGAUUGAGGCGGCAGAAUACGAGUUUGUCAACGAGAGCAUGCCUUACCAGCAGCGUCUUGGGGAACUCGAAGCACAGCUCGCGCACCAAGAGCAGAAGUUCCUCGAGCGUGAAGCUGUUGCCUACCGAGAGCGAGACAAGGAGCGCGCUGAGUUGGAGGUGGCCAAGGAGGAGCUGCGGCAGCGAGAGCUGCUUCAGGAGCGCCGGGCGCGCGAAAUUCGCGAAGAGUCUGCGCGAGCACAGCAGGCCAUCGUGGAUGCCGCGGAGGCACGACGUGAGGCCGCUGAGGUGCUCACCGCGAAGGAAGCAGCUGACCGAGCAAGAGAAGCUGCGGAAGGUGAGCUCAAGCUGGAAAUGGCUCGGCGCCGGUCUGCCGAACUGCAAGCUAGUGACUUGCAGCAGCAGGUCGACAAACUGCAGUCGGCCACGCAGCCAGCUUCUGUUCCUGGAGGAUCGCUUGUCGCGGCCGUGAAAGACUCAGAGCUGCAGCAACUGCGCAUCCAGGUAGACACCAUCACCAGGCAGCGUGACGCGCUGCAGCAGGAGACAGGCAAGCUUCAACAAAAGCUCGAGCAGCAGCGGACAGGGAUGGCUGCCCAGAACGCUUUGGCGCAGCGCUUUGAAGUCGCACUGCAAGCCAUUGGCAAGCUCCAGGCUAGCUCCCGGGUUCUCUGGCAUGUCAAUGUGGGAGCAGGCGCCGCAGCUGCAGCCGUCCUGACGCCAUCGUGGCUUCACGACAAGGCCGUUAACGUAGCUUUUCCACACUUAGACGCCACCGAUCCGCGGCGCUUGCAGUUCGAUUGCUAUCCGAGUGAGCUGGCCGAGAUUUCUCCUGGGCCGGCCGUACUCGUGGCUACAGAUGUGGCAGCUCGAGGCCUUGAUGUUCCGGAUGUCACCCAUGUCCUCAAUUUUUCCCUUGGAAUGUCGAUCGACAGCUACAUCCACCGCAUCGGCCGAUGUGGCCGGGCCGGCCGCGAAGGUACCGCCGUCACAUUCGUCACGGAUGGUGACGAGCGCUUGGCGGGAGCUUUGCUCAAGCUUCUCCAAGAGGCGCGCCAAAGCAUCCCGCCAGGCUUGUCAGAGAUGGCGAAAGAGUUUGCCAAUAGUAGCUCGAGCAGACUCGCAGUGAAGCACAGCCAGGCCGGUGGCGAAGUCAAGCUCGUUCGUGCUGGGAAGGCCUUCGACAAGACAGCCGUGAAGCCCCGGCAGCGUCGCUGA